AAGAGUAUCGAUAGUUCACCGCAAGACUAAAAGAAGCAGCGUCUGUUUUGGUUUUGAUCAAAAUAAAAUAUGAAAAAUUAAAAACUGAAUAUAAGACAUUCAAUAUGACUGAAUUUAGUGCGGAAUCUGGAGGACGCUUAAAAGGCGUCACAAUUGUUAAGCCAAUUGUGUAUGGCAAUAAAGCACGCUCUUUUGGCAAAAAGCGAGAGGAGGAUGGACACACGCAUCAAUGGCAAGUUUAUCUGAAGCCCUAUUAUGAUGAGGAUAUGUCGAUUUAUGUCAAGAAAGUACACUUCAAACUGCACGAAAGCUAUGCGAAUCCAAAUCGCAUUGUUGUCAAACCGCCAUACGAAAUUACUGAAACCGGCUGGGGUGAAUUCGAAGUUGUUAUCAAGAUUUACUUUAACGACCCAUCCGAACGGCCUGUAACCUGCUAUCACAUAUUGAAGCUGUUCCAAUCGCCCGUCGUGGAUGGCGAGCUGACCUCCUCCACGACAAUGGAUACCAAAAAAGGAUUAGUAUCCGAAUCAUACGAAGAAAUUGUUUUCCAAGAGCCCACCCAGAUAAUGCAGCAUUAUCUUACGCUCUCCGAACAGAGUGCAAAUGGAUUGCUUAACCAUGAUACAGAUUUUGAGGAAAAGAAAGGCAAAACCUUAGACAACAUUGUCAAUGUGAAGCAAAAAGUCAAAGGCGAGAUCGUAAGUCUUAAGGAUAAACUUAAGUUGGCACGUGAGACAAUUGUUAAAUUCAAGGCGGAACUAGCUAAAGUCCAAAAACCGCCUGCCUAGAAACGAAAAUUGUGAAAAUACUAUUUUUAAGUAAAUAUA